UACUGUGUGAGCUGUGAUUGGUCACAGCUUGUCACAUGGUACAAGGUUGUCGUGAAUAGCCUUAUACCAUGUGACCUCUGUGAUCAUUCACAGAUUUCACACGUAGUAAGCAAUGAUGUCACAAGUGACAUCUUGCUUUACUACUCUGCAUGUGAUCACUGAUUGGCCAACGAGUGCACCAUUCGCAGCCUCAGCUGUAAAUCAUCGAGUCCCAGAUAGAGAUUACUCGCCAGCGCCUGGUGAUUGCCGAGCAUCUCCGACGGGGGGGGGGGACUGUAUAUAAACAAUACAGUUCUCUCAUCUGUCAGCUCAUGCACACUGCUUU